GUAUCAAAACAAUUAAUUCCGCGGUGAUAUCUUCAAAUUAAAGACGGGCUUCAUUAAAAAAUAAUUAAAAUCAGUAAUUUUUCUUGAAUGUUUCGUAAUUUUUAUCGGAAUCGCCUGUGAAAAAUUACUACAUUGUCAGUCUCUCCUUGUGGGCAGAAUUUAUUAAUUAGCAAAAAAUAUUGUUGAUGUCACAAAAAAAAGUUCGACUGUAAACGUGAGGGGAGAAAUUGAAAGAGAUAAAAAUUGCUGCCAACUUCGACACUGCACCCGGAAAAAACAAACAUCUUAUCGACAGUUUAAUUUUAACCGUUUCGACAAGCAUUUUUAGUCUACCGAGGUAUCGUUAAUUUAAUUGGGUCGCCUCGAUAAGUCCAUGACAGACUGUGUUACAGCGAUUCGAUAGCCCGAAAGCCGUCACCGGAUGUAGAUCGGAGAGACGUUUUUGGAUGCAGGAGGAAGAGGUUGUGAAUGAAAGACAAAUGAGAUACGAGAAAAUAGUGGAAGUCAAAUAUCUAUCACUCCCUGAUUUUUUCAAGUUCUUAUGAUAACUCGAUGGCCCUUUGAGAUUAGUUGUAAUGAAGACUAUCGAGUGAUUUGAGGGGAGAAUUGAUCGGUCUCGUAAUGGCUUACUCGUAUGACAUUGAUGAAGCCCCUGUACCAAAAUUGCCAUCAAUUCAGCACGAUGUACAGAGGGGAAAGAUGUUUCUCAUGAAACAUAGCAGCGAAUCUGGAGAUUGUCUAUACGAUCAUUUAUUAGAAUUGUUAGAAAAAAUUCUAUCAGAAAGGCCGAAGAAUGCGGUGGACGUAUUCGAGAGUUACAGUAAAGAAUUAAAAGAGAGGAGACUGAGAAUAAAAUCAAAUCUCCACGAUCUCUAUCUUCCACCAGCCGAGUAUAGCGAGGCGGAAAAGCUUAUUAAACUUUUCCAAAUAGUGAAGCAGGAAGAGAGUGAUGUAAAUGAAAUGGACGACGGAAACGAGACGGGAUAUCAAAGAAUGCCUCCAAAUUUGAUGGAUUUAUUUUAUUAUUUGGAGCAGGCUGAUGUUGGUUUUCCCAAGUCUGAAGUUGUUCUGCUGAACUUGAGUGUAAGAAGACUUAUGAAAGAACAUCAGAUCGUCAACGUGAGAUUCUGGGGUAAAAUACUUGGAAAACCCCUCAAUUACUACGUAGUGGAAGCAGAAUUGACCCAGGAAGAGGUUUUACGUCGUCUCGAACGCGAUGAGGGCGAUGAACAGGAGACGAAGACUAUCGAUGAGGAUGAAAGAGACGUUGAGGAUUCUGGUGCAAAUGUUAGUAGAGAGGAUUACGGGGAUGAAAGGAGUACUUUGGAAUCCGCGUUUUCAGUGUUGGAGGGCGGUGACGAGAAGCUCAUCAUUCCCAGUGAAGUUAUUGGAACUGGAGUAAAUAAAAAAGUUUACUUCGUUUGUAAAUCACCGGGACAAGACCCCUGGGUGGAGCUACCCCCCGUUACACCAGAGCAAAUCAUCAUUUCGCGAAAAAUUUUACGACACUUCACUGGCUGCCUGGAGACUCCAAUCCACACGUUCCCAGCGUUUCCCGGUAAUGAAAAGAAUUAUUUGAGGGCGCAAAUUGCUAGAAUCACUGCAACCACUUCAGUCUCGCCAAUUGGAUACUUUAUAUUUGGUAGGGGGGAAGAACAGACUGGGGAGGAGGGAGAUGUCGACGAGGAGGAGGAAGAAGGCGAGGGUGAAGACAUAUCAGUCAACCCUCAUUACGAUCCCCUUCCCGCCAACGAGCUGACAGAUCCAUCCCUAUCAAACUGGUGUCAUCAUGUCGAUUACAUUCUCGACCAGGGUCGAACUGCCUGGUGGAAUCCAGAGGGUGAGGAACAGCCUGAGGAAGAAGCAGGGGAAGAAGAGGAAGAAUCUCGUGAAGACGAGGAGGAAGAUGAAGAUGAGGAGCAGAGCGACAGGAGAAGAAUUAAAAAGGAGAUAGGUCCUUCCCUACUGACGCCUCUAUCCGAAGAUCUUUUGAUUGAUACAACUCCGCCGUGGACGGCUCGGUUGUCCUCGAAAAUCCAACAAGACACGGCCAUUGCUGUCGUAAGAUCCAACCUCUGGCCGGGAGCUGUUGCAUUCGCCAAGGACAAGAAAUUUGGGAAUUUUUACGUGGGGACUGGGCAUAAAUUCACCACUCGGAGUUACGCCCCUCCGGCAAUGCCAGCGGUGCAACAACACUACAAGCUUGGCCCUGAGAUCAUGGAGAUGAUGGAACCGAGCUUCGAAACGGAAGAGGCUUAUCGGAUCGCCCACUUACCACCCACGAAAAUAUCUGUUGCGGUAGAUGAGCAGGACGACGAAGAUGAUGAAGAGGGCGAAGAGGAGGAAGAACAAGAAGAGGAUGUGGACGAAGAUUCUUUGAAUGAUUAAUCUAAUCGAGAACUUUUAGAGUGUAAUUGCCAUCGUUCAGCAAAAAGUUGACCAAAAAAUCCCCAGCACUUAUUUUUGGAUCUUCUCUAUUCCAAAACUUGGUCAGUGAAAACUAUUAUCAUUGGCUGGUCUCGAAUUCCCUCAGAUGUCAG